AUGGCAGAAUGGCUGAGGCGUGUGUCCUGGGGAGAUGCAUGGUACAGCCUGUACUCCCGCCUGCUCAGGACCAAACCUGUGGGUAGGAUGGGUCAGGGGUCAGAGGUCAGCGACGAUAUCACAGAGGUAGGGGGGCUGGCUAGGGUCCUGACGACAGCUGACCUGGUGUCGCUAGGGGUGGGGAGCUGCGUUGGGACAGGGAUGUACGUGGUUGCCGGGCUGGUUGCUAAGGAGAUGGCGGGGCCAGGAGUGAUCCUGUCCUUCAUCAUCGCUGCUGUGGCUUCUAUACUGUCAGGUGUAUGUUAUGCAGAGUUUGGCGUGCGUGUCCCUAAGACAACUGGGUCAGCCUACACCUACAGCUAUGUCACAGUGGGGGAGUGUACAGCCUUUUUCAUUGGCUGGAAUCUGAUCCUGGAGUACCUAAUUGGUACUGCAGCCGGGGCGUCGGCUCUCAGCAGCAUGUUUGACUCGCUGGCCAAUCACAGCAUCUCGAGCUACAUGAUAACACACCUGGGGACACUCAGAGGCCUGGGUAAAGGGGAGGAGUCGUACCCUGACGUCCUGGCCAUGGCCAUAUCGCUGGUUGUCACGGUAAUCGUGGCAUUAGGGGUUCGUAACUCGGUAGGGUUGAAUAACGUUCUGAACAUGGUCAACCUGGUGGUGUGGUGCUUCCUGAUCAUCUCUGGACUCUUCUUUCUCUCCGCUGACAACUGGGAGGCGGGAAACUUCCUGCCCUACGGAUGGUCCGGGGUGAUGAAGGGAGCGGCCACUUGUUUCUAUGCCUUCAUAGGGUUUGACAUCAUCGCUACGACAGGAGAAGAAGCCAAGAGUCCCAACACCUCUAUACCCUAUGCUAUUACUGCUAGUCUGAUCACCUGUCUGACUGCAUACGUCUCUGUGUCGGUGGUCCUGACUCUGAUGGUUCCUUAUGACCUGAUCGAUGGUUCAGCUCCACUGAUGGAGAUGUUUGCAGUGCAUGGCUUCCUGCCGGGGAAAUACAUAGUGGCUGUAGGGUCUAUAGCUGGCCUCACUGUCAGUCUAAUGGGCUCCCUGUUCCCCAUGCCCAGGGUCAUAUACGCUAUGGCUAGAGACGGACUGCUCUUCAGGUUCCUGGCUAACGUCUCUCCGUACACUCACACUCCAGCAGUAGCGUGUCUGGUGUCUGGCUGUCUGGCUGCUCUCAUGUCUCUCCUUGUCUCCCUGCAAGAUCUCAUAGAGAUGAUGUCUAUAGGAACACUACUGGCUUACACCUUGGUCAGUGUGUGUGUCCUGCUGCUGCGCUACCAGCCCGACACAGACACACACAACUUCCUGCCUGGGGAGGGAGAGGAGGGGCCUAGGCAGAAAGAGGGCGUGAUGGCGGAAUGCGAUGACGGAACUCUGCCCACCAACGAUGACCAGAUGUUGAUUGGAGGAGCAGACUCAUCGACCUUUGACCCUGACAGCUCCGGCUACCAAUCGAGCGGUGUUGCAGGUGAACCUGGCGACUCUGGCAGCUUCCACACCGGCCCCUCCUCGUUGUUGAAGAGGGUUCUAGGUAAUCGUUACUCCACCCUGCGUGUUCGCCUGGGAAUCCCUGACGCCUCGGCCCGUCCCACCCCGUCCUCCGGUCGCAUGGUGACACGCUGCACCCUCCUCCUCUUCCUCCUCUCCUUCCUCCUCUGGGCCACUGUCAUCUUCGGCGUGGAGCGAGGGACCGGAGUGGGCUCGGCCGUGUCAGGUAUCGUAGCGACACUAUUGGCGGGCAAAAUAGCAACCGUACUGGUGGUGAUCGUGCGCCAGCCUGAGAGUGGGCGGAUCCUGCCCUACAUGGCGCCGUGCGUGCCGUUUGUCCCUGCAGUGGCCAUCUUGGUAAACUCCUACCUGAUGCUGAAACUGUCGCCGCUCACCUGGGCACGCUUCGCUGUCUGGUGCACUCUGGGUAUACUGAUCUACGGUUGCUAUGGGAUAUGGAACAGCUCUUUGGAGAUCAGCACCAGAGAGGAACAGGCUCACGCCAGCACCUACCAGCGCUAUGAUGACCACCUUGACGACACCUUCUCCCCUGACAAUGACCUUGACCCCCAGGACAACCAGGAAGAGGGGCGCUACCAGGGCUGGUCAGCGGAGAAGGGCUACCACUACCAACAGCAAAACCAGGAUCAGAACCAGGAUCCGGAGGGUGACCAGUACCAAAACCACUAUCAAGAUGGGAAUCAAGAUGGCAACCAGUACCAGGAUGGCUCCCAGUACCAGAACCAGUCAGGUUAUCAGUCCGGCCCUCAGGGCUCCUCUAUGGGAUCCAGGGGAAGAACCAAUCAGGGCUACACAGAUCCACAGGAACCCGGGGGCUCCUCUUGUGAUUGACAGCUGCAGUAGAACACACCUACUUCCUGUUUCACUAGAGGAGCUAGAGGAGAGGAAGGGCAGAGGGCUCCUGAAUCCCUCAUCAAGCCCCACACCAUAGGCACUUAAGUAGACCUGAGAGGACAGGAGAAGUGAGCUAUAUGGCAACCAUUCCACCUGGUCUAACACUGCAUUAUAAACAUACAUACAACAUGCUGUGUUUAAAAUCAAUCAAUCUAUCUAUCCGAGAGUGAAUCAAUUAUACAGGAGCAAACAUGCUCUUAUACUACCUAUUAGUCUGACUCCACUGGUGUGACAUUGUACAUGGAUGAGUUGGUUAGUAAAUAUUUAAGAUUAUUUUGUUUUAAGAGUGUGAUCAUUCAAAAAAGAAAGUAUUUAUUGUUGAGUCAGAGUGUGUAAAUGUGUGCAGAAAGAAUGAUCUGUGUUUUGCUGUUGUCUGAUAAACUGUCAAUAAAACAAAUACAU